AUGACUCGGAGCGCCUCCAUUUGCGGCGACACCACUUCCAAGGGAAUAGGGUUACAAAGUUUACGCAGCACAUCUAUUCACCCUGAAAUCGCAUUUACGCAGAGUACUAUGAGAGACGAUUCCGAGCCACCUCCCAGCUACUCAGCGAGCGCCGGCUAUCAUCUCCGUCCGGAGGAUUUGCCCCGAAACGAAACCGUUGCAAGCAGCAAUUCUCAUCUCGGCAUUUCCAAUCCAUCCGAUCAUCGCCCUUUUAAUUCUGGGCCUUCGGAUCUUUUCGCCUCUCACAAAUCCGAACACAGCAGACGGUCAAGCGCAAACUAUCGUCCCAUCACAUCUAUCUCUUGUCCGAACGGAAGUUCACCUUCAAGCUCAGUCACUCCUCACUUCUCUCAAUCUGGCUCGUCGCAUCUCGGCAUGAAACCCUCUACCUCUUGUUGCCCUUCCUCUACCAUGACCUCAGCCUCUGCACGUCCCAUGCCAGCAAUGACCUCGACUUCCGACGAGAAGAAUAAUGAGACUGUCAAACAGCUCAUCAGCAAGAACCCCGAUUUGAGAAACAGCAUCUACUCGUUCCUCGGCUCUACCAUCGUCGCUCUUGAAGCGCAGCGACCCGAAGACCUGAAGACAAAAGACGUCAAGAUCGACGGCUUGCAGAAACAACUCCUGGAUGCCAUGAAAUAUGGUAACGAGGAAGCGCGCAAAGUCGAGAAACUCGAAUUAGAGCUCAAGUUGGCAACCGAGAACGGUCUCUCCCAAGCCAGGGCCCUCGAAGACCUCCAGAAGAAGCUCCAGAAGCAAGAAGAGGUUGAGAAGAACAUUCGCAAGGGAAAUCUCGCCUUGCACCGCGAGCUUGAUCCUCUCAAGCCCGAGAACGCUAGGCUAAAGAACCAACUUAAGGAUGCCGAGAAGGAGAUUCGAAACCUGACAGAGAGGGUUGAUUAUCAAAACCAGAGACUUGAGAUCUAUGGUCAGAAGACACGCAACACGGAGUUGAAGGCUUUGCAGAUGGAGACUGUUCUGGAGAAAUUGGAGAGGGAAAAUCAUUCGUUGGUGUUGAAGGGCGAGCAGAUGUCAGGCAGGUUGUUGGCGGUUGCGGAGCAGUGGCAUGAACCGAAUCCUGCAAAGAGAAACCGUCAGACGUCAGAGAUGCUCGAUGAUGGGGAGAGAUUGAAGCGAUUUUCUAGAAUGACUCGUUGAGUGGGGGAAGGCGAGAUACCACGCUUUCUUCAUGGAUGACAGCGAGCUUGACAUUGCUCCAGGUUGUCGGGCUUAGGGUGGGGUUGAGAUAGCAAUGUGAG